GUGUUACUAAAAUCAUGGCAGAGUCCACUUUCAAAAAUGAACCGACUGUCGAAGAAAAGAAAAAAGAUGAAGAAAAGUUCAUCCGUGAGGUAUUUAAAUGUGACAAGUGCUCAUUUCAAGCACCUUACGAUUAUUAUGGAAUGAAACCACCUUUUUGUAAGUCUCUAAAUCUUAAAGAAGAUUCUUUUAUUAUGAGAGAUCCGUUUACCGAAGGCAGAAAAAUGGUCGUAAUCGGUGCUAAAUGUGUUGGAUGUGAUAAAAAUGUUUGCAAAUCAUCGGUAAACUAUAUUAUUUAAAAGUUUCAUUAUGAAUUCUUCCAUAUUGCGUAAUCUACAGGAUUGUGGUAUCUUCUAUACAAAAACAUUCUGCCUUACAUGCGUUGAUGAGAAUACCGAUGAAUUUCCAGAACAAAUAGUACAGGAAGUUGUAAAAAAGUUGCAUUACAUGUCUUAGAACAAGAAGAAUGUGGUAAACGUAACAUAAAAUCAAAGUUAUACUAAAGAAAUAAAAGAAAAAAGGUUCAGCUGAUCAUAUUAGGUAAAGAUAGCUGUUUCAAACUUGGACGAGAGAAAGGACAUUAAAGGAGGAUGAUAAAAGAAUAAAAAAGAGAUUAAACCUAUUUUUAUUUUCAAAAGCUAAUUAAUACGACUCCAAAUAAAGUCAUUUAUAUAAAUAAUUAAAAUAUUAUAGAUGCUAUCAGAUUGAUUUUUAAAUUUAGAAAACGGAAUAUUUAAAGAGGAUUAAAAGUGUAGGCCCUCAAAUAUACUAGGAAAAAAAGAAAUAAUACAUAGCUAGCCAAGUAUGCAAUUUCAGUCUAAUGUGUCCUUUAUUGUUGAGAAAUUGUGAUUAUUCAACGGAAAAACUGAUGAAUUUGCCAAAUUAAUCAUUUCUCAUAGAAGUUCUGACUGGAAUGAUGACUCAAUUAUUAGUUUUAUGAAAGAAUAGAGUAAUACUAGUUCUGGGCGGUUUGAAAAAGUUGAAUUUAGCUGAUUCAUUAACCGGACUGUUUUAUGUUCCAUAAAGAAGCAAAAUGUACGAAAUAAUUGCUAAAAGCUACCUUCAGCAGUAUUUGAAGUGAAAUUUCUCUUUUAGCUUAUUGCUAAAUUGUAUAACAGCAAAUAUUUAUUAUAAUCUGUACAUUGUAAACAAUUCCCUGUAAUAAAUCUCUAAAUUGAAGGUUUAUUUGUUCGUGUUAAAUUGCCUAUUUUUAUCAUUCCAAGUACUAUUCUUUGUCUCAUUAAUAUCGGCAAUUAUCUAUGUAUACAAAGUAUUAAUAAUUAAUUCGAAUUAAUUGUUUCUUUAACAAAAAAGAAAAGAA